CUUCGGUGGGUUUUUGAAUUGUCUUGUUUUCGAUUAUCAUGUCGUAUUUUGUUUCGGAUUGAUCGAAUUUGAAUAAAAACACUUCAGUCAUUUUCCUUGACUGUUUAAGUGAAGUUCUCGUGCAUUAGAUUAAUGUAUAUAUAAGGCGAUUUAUUUUGAGAAGCUUCCGUGUGACUGCAUUAAUGUUCCAUGUAUAAAGUUACCAGAUAGUGAUCUUUUCCAGUAAUUAAUUACUUUGGAUGUGAUUGUUGCCUAAUCUAGCUGUGGUGGUAUUCAAAAUUGCUCUGGCUUUAGAAACAGGUCUAAUCGUUACCUACAAUUAGUUGACCAUAUUUUAUGAAGGCCUAAACUAUUGUUAGCACUAAACUUAGGUUUCCAGCUGAAGUACGUUUUUGAUGUAACUUUAGUGAAAAUAUCACCACAUAAUGGUAACUUGUUCCGAAGCUGAACUACUAAUGUUAAAGGGCUUGCGACUUCUACAUUCGACAUGGAUCUCUUUUUAACAAUCCAACUUUGAGGUAGCUAUCACACCAACACUAGGAGAAACAAGCUAGAUUAAAUUCUCCUAAGCAGUGUUUUUCAGGUGUAUGAAUUGACCUGUAAGCUGCUCAUUGAUUAACAGUUGAUUGGUGUGUACACAUCUUCAAACUUCGUGAAAAGAGUACUUCAACUUCUCAUCCGGUUAGUCGCAGCGUACGGUUCUUAAGAGUUAUUUGGCAGCUUUGUUUUUCACAAUAUCAUUGGUCAUCCACAAUCACUUGUCGAAAUUGAUGUUUUUUGCAUUUGAGAGGUCUUCACCAAUCACCAUAAGUAACUUGUAGCACUACAGUUUGGUACUCAUAUUAGUUCUUUUUUCAUUAACAAGCAGUCAUUAAACUAUUAGUGAUAUUUUUCGUUGAUUUUUUCUAGAUUAGAACAUGACAUCCUGCCCCUUCUUACGCAAGUUAUCUCCUACUGUGAUUCAGAGGGAUGUUCAACAGUUGAUAAAGUUGAUACCGAAAUGUCCCUUCGCAAGCCGUUUGUUUGCUGGAACUCCACUCUGCAGUACCAGGAUGUGUUCGACUGUCGCCUCAGAGCCUCAUUCAAAUCAGUCCUUGGUUUGCAAGAAUGUUUCAGAAUGUCUCUUGAAAAAAUGUCCGUACACUCUCAAUUCAAGUGAACUAGGAAGCUCAGAGUCUCACUCGUGCUCGCAAACCACUAACAGUUACGACUGUGAAAGGUCUCAUGACCAUUCAGGUGGUUUUUCAAAUGAAAUGUCUAUUCCCAAUACAUGUGCUUUGUUUGCUGGCUGGCGUAAAAGUAUGGUUGACAAGGGAUGUUUAAAGCCAACAGUACAGUCAAGAAAUAUUGCUAGUGAAGAUUUAAAAUUAUUUGAAUCGAAUGAUAAUGAUGAUCCAGGUUUCGAGUAUAAUAAAUUUUUUGCAUCUGAAGUGGAAAAGAAAAAGAAAGAUUCUACCUAUCGAGUAUUCAGGAGAAUUUUAAGAGAUGCAGCGGAAUUCCCGUUUGCAGAUGAUUAUUCAACUGGUGUAAAGCGUCGUGUAGCUGUAUGGUGUUCCAAUGAUUAUCUAGGCAUGAGUUGGCAUCCAAAAGUUCAAGAAGUGGCGAUUUCCACCAUACGGAAGCAUGGUGUUGGUUCUGGUGGUACACGUAAUAUAUCUGGCAAUUCAAUGUUACACGAAGAACUAGAAGCUGAAUUGGCAGAUUUGCAUGGAAAACCUGCAGCUUUAGUUUUUACAAGUUGUUAUGUGGCUAAUGAAGCUGCAUUGCAUACUCUCGGGACUCGUAUACCAGGGUUAACAAUAUUCUCUGAUGCUGGGAAUCAUGCAUCAAUGAUUCAUGGGAUUCGAACUAGUCGUUGUCCAAAAGUUAUCUAUAGGCAUAAUGAUAUCAAACAUUUGUCUUCUCUACUUUCAACUGUUCCUAGGAGUUCAGCGAAAUUAGUUGCAUUUGAAACAGUGCACUCUAUGUCAGGUGAUGUUUGCCCAUUGAAAGGCCUAUUGGAUGUUGUUGAGGCCAAUAAAGCACUCUCAUUUGUUGAUGAAGUGCAUGCUGUCGGUUUGUAUGGUACACAUGGAGCUGGAGUUGCUGAACGUGAUGGACAAAUGCACAGGAUAGAUGCAAUUACGGGUACACUUGGAAAGGCUUUUGCUAGUGUUGGUGGUUAUUUAGCUGGAAGCUCUGAACUCGUCGAUAUGAUUCGAUCUUAUGCUUCUGGAUUUAUAUUCACUACAUCAUUACCACCACAUUCUUUAGCUGCUGCACGGGCUACCAUUCAAAUUUUAAAGUCUUCUGAAGGCAGAGAACUUCGUGCAGAACACCAAAGAAGGGUAUCUGUUGUACGUCAAAGGCUUCGUGAAGAAGGUUUACCUGUGAUAGAAGCACCUUCGCAUAUUAUUCCAUUACAUGUUGGUGAAGCAAAAUUGUGCACAAAAAUAUCUGAAGAGUUAUUAUCGGAACACAAUAUCUAUGUACAAUCUAUAAAUUAUCCAACAGUGGAUAUUGGCGAUGAACGUUUACGCAUUGCACCUACGCCGCAUCAUACAGAUCAAUUAACUGAACAACUAGUCGAUUCAUUGUGUUCUGUUUGGAAAAAGUAUAAUUUACCUCUGCAUGUUGAAUCAUCACGAAAAGUUAAUCGACAUGCUGGUUAAACAACACAACUCUGUUUUUCCCUUCCUUGAGUUAUAUAGUUAUUAUCAAACAUUUAUCUUAUAUCUUGCUUUUGUCAGCUUCACAAUUAGGUAAUCAAAAUA